AUGGCCAGAGUGACAACUGCAGAAGACCUCAGUGCCUUGCACCCCUCCUCUCAAGGCAUCACAUUUACACCAGGACCUCAUUCUACACAAAACGGAGCAUCGUUGUGUGGCAGCAGGCGGCGCUCAGUUAAAUUGGCUGCAGAAAAAUAUGUGACUCUGCCAGGCUUAGAAGUAUCUGAUGACUGCCUAAUAUAUUUUACAGCUACGCCUGUGAGCUCUGUCCCAGAUCCCACAUUAUUCUCCUGGGACAUUGGGCAGAUCUUACUUCAAAAGACAGCUGAAAAAGAAGAUGAACUGAAAAAAGCAUUUCAGAUGCUUGAUGUUGGUCGGACCCUGACAGUCACAAAGGGUGAAUUCAGGAGAGUGAUUGAAACUUUCCUCUUCCAUGUAACAGAAGCUGAAUUUGAUGCUGUGCUGGCAGAGAUCCCAAAUAUUGGCAAAGUUACUGUGCCAUAUCUUGACUUCCUGACAAAGUUCACUAAAGUUGCCAGAAGUACCAGCACGCUCAAAGAGUUGAACAGCCAUAGUCACCAAACAAUGACAUUAAGUCAGCUGGAAUCCCUGCUCAAGGAGAAAAUUGCAAAGAAUGUGAAAAACAUUAUCAGGUGCUGCAGACUUUUUGACUACAGCCGUGCAGGAUGGAUACAGAGGCACACACUAAGGCAAAUUCUUGAGAUCACCUGUUUUAGGAUGAAGGAUUCAGAAUUUGAAAAGCUGUGGAACCGUUACUGUGUUAGAGAAUCUAAUAUGAUGGAUUAUAAAGAAUUUCUGAAGAAUUUUGGCAUAAGUACAGACACAGUUAAAGAAAAAAUCACAGAAAAUGAAGCUCCAGCACUAAUCUGCCAGAAAAUAAAAGAGAAGGAACAGAAGCCGAAAAAACUUCUUCUGCAGUCUUCACCAGCAAAACUUUUUCUACAGCCUUCACCAGCUGAGCGUGCUGUGACAGAGUGCAGUCUGGAUAGCACUGAAAGGGCAUUUAGAGAAAAGCUGCGUUCAGCCUAUCAGGACAUUGAAAAAGCCUUCAGAGCAAUUGAUGUCAGUCGGAGUGGAUUUGUGUCUUUGGAUUACUUGAAGUCAGUCAUAAAUGGCUUUAUAUUUCCUUUGCCAAAUGAAACUUUUCAAGAGCUAAUGAAUAGAGUAAAUCCAGCUAGAGGAGACAAAGCUUUCUCCAGUGACGCUGUUCUCCAGAAGCCGCGCAGAUACAUCCAGGAUGCUUAUCCCUCUUUAAAGCAGGCAUUCCUUACACUUGAUGAAAAACGAGAUGGAAAGAUCACAAGAAAUGACCUUUGUCAUGUUCUACGUAACUUGGUACUUCAAAUGAAAGAUAAAGACUUCCAGGAGUUAAUUGAGAUACUUGAUCCACAACAGACUGGAUACCUUGACUACCAUGAAUUUUUAUACUUGUUUGAAGAAAAGGAAUCAGUAGUGGAGGAGAUCCUUUCACAUAAGAUCACAGAAAACUGGAAAGAUUUUCAUAAGGCCUUGCAGUCCUAUGAUCCUAAGUCUACUGGCACUAUUAACAGAAGUCAUCUAAGGAAAGUCCUACAGCUGUGUUGUCCCUCUUUGUCAGAUCAACAAUUUAUGAAGUUAUGCUAUAAAUACAAGGAUAACUCUUCUGAUGGAAUCUUUUACAAGAUGCUUUUGGAUAACUUAAAAGUUGCUGUUCUUUCUGGUGACUUAAAUGGUAUCAGCUCACAUAUAUCAAAGGAAAAACAACAAAGAGAAGAAAAAAGGCAAACAGAGCUUUCAAAAAGAAUCAAGCAGAUUGAAGAUCAAGCUAAGAAAUACGCCCAGAAUAGAACUGUUGAUGAAGUAAUAAAAAGGCUGAAGGACAGAGAGAUACAACAGGCAGCAACUAUUAAAGACAGCUUUUUUGCCUACAACAAGCAAUCACACAGGAAAAUUAAUAAAGCUGGCUUGUGUAAGGUGUUGGAAGAUCAUGGCAUGCCAAUGGAUGACAGUGAAUUUAAUCUACUGACAGAAAAGCUAGGGUUACCAGAUGGAGAGUUGAGUUAUCUGGAUUUUGUGGCAAUACUGGAAGAUGCCAGAUUGAAUGGGCCAGGAGCUACAUUACGUAACAGCCCAAACCACAGAGUAAAUGAUGCUAAAUAUCACUACGUGACUGCUGAAGAAUGUCUCAAUCAACUUAAUGAUAAGCUGCAGGAAGUCUAUGGGGACACCUAUUCUGCCUUCCGUGAAACAGACAGUAACCAUGACGGUAUCAUCAACAUGCUUAACUUCCGGCAAUUCUUGGACAGCUUUCUGCUUCGUCUGAGAGACAAGGAAUUCCAGCGUCUACUUGGUUUGUUGGGAAUGAACCUGACCUCCACGUUAAAUUACCAAGAAUUCUGUCAACUGUUCCACACACAAGAAACAAAGGAGGUACCUCCUCGGCUCGUGCUAUCUCACAAAAAAAAACAGAUAACGGAUGCAGAGCUAGCUUGUGAUCACGCUCAUUACUACCUUGUUAUCAAAGCAAGAACCAGAUGGCAUGACCUAGCAAGGAAUUUUCAGGAAUUUGACAGUGAAGGAAAUGGCAUUAUGCAGCCAAGGGACUUGAAGAAAGUCUUGUUCAGAUUUGGCAUUCCAAUCACCCCGGAAGAAUUUAAGCAGCUUUGGGCAAGGUAUGAUACAGAUGCAAAAGGAUAUCUUACUCACCAAGAAUUUUUACAGAAACUGGGGAUAGAGUUUGCACCCACUGACACAGGGCUCAGCAGACACAUCACGGGAGACAGCUCUGCACAUUUGCAAGCACAUUAUAAUAAUCGACAAAAGAAGCAUUCAAAGCUGGAAGAGCAGCAGAAACAGCAAUCUAAAGCUCCACAUGUAAGAGAAAUUAAAAAGCAGAUCAAGGAUAAAUUUAGGGAUUACUUCCAAGAUUUCAAUAAGGCCUUUCAUAAAGUGGAUAAAAAUAGAGAUGGCUAUGUAACAGUAUAUGACCUGCACAGGAUACUACAAGAAUUCAACUAUUACCUUGAUCAUGACCAGUUCAGUAGUCUUCUAAACAGCUUAGGAAUCAGCAUUCAUGACAGCAAGCUCUCUUAUUUUGAUUUCCUGAGAGCAAUUGAUGAUGGCAGAGCAUCUAAAUACCAACAGAGACAAAAGCAGGCUGCACCACCUGCAAGCUUUGCAGCACUCAGCUUAGAACAGACCCUAAUUAAGAUAAAAGAAAUAGUUGCAUCGUCUUAUGAUUUGCUGUACAAGGCAUUUUCUCUAUUUGAUAAAGAUGACACUGGAGUGAUUAAAGCACUGGAAUUUCGACAAGUGCUUGACCAUUUCUGCUUUAAAUUAUCAGACAAGCAGUUCAGGCACCUUCUCAAGAACCUUAACCUUUGUGAGGACUUCACAGUAGACUGGAAAGUUUUCCUGAAAAACAUAGACCACCUCAUAGAGACUGAGGAAGGGCAAAAAGUCAUUCCGCCUAAAUCUUCUUGGGAACUGUCAGAGAGAGGCAUCCUCUCACAGAUACAAGAAGGCGUGACUGCUGGCUUUAACACAAUUGCACAAGAGUUUAAAGAUAUUGACUCUUCAAAAGAUAAUACAGUAUCAAAAGAGGAGUUCUGGGAUAUAUGUAACCAACAUUUUCAGCGGCUGACUGAAGAACAAUUUGAAAAUCUUUGGAACACAAUGGAUGUCAGUGCUAGUGGACGGCUGAAGUAUCAGGAUGUUUUGAAGAGGUUCAGCCCCAAACUUGUAAUGAUGCCAUCAAGUGCUCCCAGUGUAACUGGUUCUGCAACUUGUACCAAGCCAGCUACCUGUGCUGUGCAGAAGCCACGUGACUGUUCUCAUCUUGAACGUCCCAAGACAUCAUCUUCUCUACAAGUGCAAAAGAGCAUACCAGCAUCCAGACGUCCUCAGACAACAGCAACUUGUUCUGCACCUGUGCUUAACUGUGAAACAAUAGAAAAUAAGAUAAGAAAGAACAUCCAACAUACGUGGAGAGGCAUACUGAAAGCAUGCAAAGAGAAGGAUGUCGGCAAGCUAGGAGAAAUCCCAGUGUCAGACUUCCUAGAUAUAGCAGAGAAGUUCAAUUUGGAUUUAAGUGAAGGGGAAAUUAACCAAAUAACAACAAAAUAUGAUUUAAAGAAAAAUAGAAGAUUUGCAUACUAUGACUUCCUUCAGAACUGUAUCUUGUUAAAACCACAGGAAAGCUCACUGCUACAGAGGGUAAUUAUACAGAAGCCACAAACCCGGAUGAGUCCUGGACCACAAAACUCGUUGUUCUUCAGCGCAAUGCUGAGGAUUCAGCCCCAGAUCUUGCACUGCUGGAGACCAAUGAAGCGAACUUUUAAAUCCUAUGAUGAGAGUCAUACUGGACUGUUAUGUAUUGCAGAUUUCAGACAAGUCCUUCAUGAGUACAGCAUCAACCUAACUGAAGAGGAGUUAUUCAGCAUUUUGGAAUAUUAUGAUAAAACUUUGUCUUCAAAAAUAUCCUAUAAUGAUUUUCUCCGGGCAUUCAUACAGUAGGAUUUGGUCAAAUGCAGGAAGCUGUAGAUAAAGACAGUGACUGAUUUAUAAUUUCAAAUUUCAAACUAAUAAAUUAAUUGAGUAUGGCUUUUUUGUAUCUAUUCAUUAGAAAACUCAAAAUACUUUAAAAUUCUGACAGUGGUCCUGUGUUGUGGAUUAAAUCUACAUAGUGAGGGAAUUAAUUUUGCAUAAUCCAUUUAUCAAAAAAGAAAAAGACAACAAUUAACAUUGUCAAAAUAAUGCUUCCUAAGACGUCUCCAAAAGCAAUUCAUUUAAGGAAAUUCUUUUUUUAAUUUUAUGCAUUUUAUUAAUGACAUACUCUUAAGUUCAGUAAAAAGGUUUACAGACAUACUGUUGAAUUUCCUCAAUUGUCAUUUUCCAAAUGUAUUAAUACGUUAGCCUUCAUUGUUCAAAAACCCCAUCCCAUUUCUGAGUGCAUCUUUUUCCUUUACUUGUGGUGCCAUAUGUGUAUUGUCAGAGACAGGUGAAUAUGGACCAGGCACUGACAUUUGUACAGAUGCCAACUGUAUGUGGACACCACACCUUUCUCUGUUAAAACUGUUCUUCUACAUCCUUCAGCACAGUUUAGAAAAGAAGCUACUUUACCAAUAAGCAUUGGCUUCUUAACUGCAGAGAAAUAUUCCCAGUGUUAGCCAUGAGGUUUAUUCUUUUAAGGCUACAAUAUAUAUAUUUAUACAAUAAACAGCAAAUUGCAAGUAAAGCCUCUGAUUAGAUUUCACAGUUCUAGAAAAAAAAUUUGUUUUAACAUCUUGUGAGGUACUUAGCUCUUAGUGAGGAAAUGAAAAGAUAAUUGUUUGACUGUUGAACUCUUGUGAUAAUUAAAGGAUAAUAUGAUCAUCAGAGCCUGCUUCCUGGGAUUAUAUCAACAAUUAAACACUUACCUGCUCUGAAAAUUUGCUAGCUAAAUAUUUCACUGUCUGGUUCCUGAUUUAGUUUUUAUUGGUACACCAAAGAGCCCUGUCCUCAUCACCUGAGCUGAUUUGGUAUCUUUCUUUCUCUCAAGUAACAUAGAAAGAUAAAUCAACACAAAAAGAGAGCAAGUUAUGGGUGUACAAACACGCACACACACACACAUAUAUACACAUGUCUGUAUAUAUAUAUAUAUGUAUCAAGGGAAGGCUUUGGAACAGGAAGGGCUAGAAGAACAUAAUCUUGUUUUUCUUAUUAUUUCUAGUGAGUGUGUGAACCAUUGCGAUGAAUCCAAAAGAUUCCCAGUGCAGAAUACUUUAAUGCCUGCUUUUUCUGAGAAAAAUGUUUCUUCACAUUUGGAGCUUUUCAGAAGAUAUUUUGAAGAUUUUGAGUAAAAAGCAUUGGGGAGGUUUCACGUUUUAUGUUCUGUGUUGUAUCUCUUUUAGCU